UUCACAUGCACGCAAAUCCUUUGUUGUUUUUUUUAAACAGAGGAGUUGUCUUCUCUUUUUAAUCCAUUAUUCUCUGAAAUUUGCGCAUUUUUGUUGCUAUUUUUUUAACUGUCACAUUCCAUUUAUUUAUUUAUUAUAUUGAUUAUUUAUGCUGUUGCUGUCUGACCAGGAAGUGGGGUAAAAAGGAGCUGCUCCUAGAUGGUCCUCAUGACACAAUGCGUGUUGGGUCCAUUUAUGUCACUUUCACUCGUGGAUUAGGAGGUUCUGCAACCAGCACAAAGCUUCGUGGGAUUUAUUAUGUAGCCGUGAAAAAGAAGACUGUUCCACGGGUUGUGUAUCCUGCCGGUUGAAGAAGGUGUCCCCCACAUUGUCAAUCUGCGCUGGAUUCUUUCACAUCCGGCAAAUGUCGAAGAAACGGAAAAGUCUGGACAACUUGAGCUUGGAGGAUUCUCUCUUGGAAGGUUGCAGUGACCAAGGCUUGACAGAUGAGAAAGUGAAGGCCUACCUCUCUCUGCACCCGCAGAUGCUGGAUGAGUUUGUGUUGGAGAGUGUUAGUGCUGAGACGUUGGACAGAUGGCUGAAGAGGAAGACCAGCAGCAGGACUGCAGAUGACACGCCAUCAAAAGAAGUCACCAGGCAGUACCAGGAUGCAAACAUGCAGGGCGUGGUGUAUGAGCUCAACAGCUACAUGGAGCAGCGCCUGGACACUGGAGGAGACAACAAGCUAUUGCUCUAUGAGCUCUGCAACAUCAUUAAAACAGCAACAAAAGCUGACGGAUUUGCACUUUACUUUUUGGGCGAAUGCAACAAUAGUUUAUGUUUGUUCACCCCAACGAGGGCCAAGGAUGGUCCCCCAAGCCUCGUUCCCUCGGGCCCCAUCGCAUUCGGAACAACCAUUGCAGCUCAUGUUGCCAAGACUCGCAAAACACUUUUAGUAGAAGACAUCAUGGGGGACGAGCGCUUCCCAGACGGCACAGGGCAGGACUCAGGGAUCCGCGUUCAUUCUGUCUUGUGCCUCCCCAUCCUCACUGCCAUCGGGGACCUCAUUGCCAUCCUGGAGCUACAUCGACACUGGGGCAAAGAGCCCUUCAACCUCAGCCACCAGGAGGUUGCAACAGCUAACCUAGCAUGGGCGUCAGUUGCCAUUCAUCAAGUACAGGUGUGCAGAGGCCUCGCAAAGCAGACCGAGCUAAAUGACUUCCUACUAGAUGUGUCAAAGACGUACUUUGAUAACAUUGUGGCAAUAGAUUCUCUACUUGAACAUAUUAUGAUAUAUGCAAAAAACCUGGUCAAUGCCGACAGGUGUGCACUCUUCCAGGUAGAUCAAAACAACAAAGAACUGUAUUCUGACCUGUUCGAUAUUGGCGAGGAGAAAGAAGGCAAGCCAGUCUUUAGGAAAACCAAAGAAAUUAGGUUUUCUAUAGAGAAAGGAAUAGCUGGCCAAGUGGCUCGGACAGGGGAAGUCUUAAACAUCCCAGAUGCCUAUGCAGAUCCACGGUUCAACCGAGAGGUGGACCUCAAAACCGGCUACACCACGCGAAACAUCCUGUGCAUGCCCAUUGUGAGCAGGGGGAGUGUUAUUGGUGUGGUGCAGAUGGUGAACAAGUUAAGCGGAAGUGCCUUCACUAAAACAGAUGAGAACAACUUUAAGAUGUUUGCUGUCUUUUGUGCCCUGGCCUUACACUGUGCAAAUAUGUACCACCGAAUUCGCCACUCUGAAUGCAUUUACAGAGUGACAAUGGAAAAACUGUCUUACCACAGCAUCUGCACCUCAGAAGAAUGGAAAACGCUCACUCAGCUCAACCUUCCCACUCCCAUUUAUAAAGAGAUCGAAAUGUUUCACUUUGACAUAAGUCCAUUUGAGGAGAUCUGGCCUGCAGUCUUUAUCUACAUGGUCCACAAUUCCUGUGGAAAGACCAGCUUUGAGCUGGAGAAACUGUGUCGAUUCACCAUGUCUGUACGCAAGAAUUACCGACGUGUGCCCUACCACAACUGGAAGCACGCGGUGACCGUGGCCCACUGUAUGUACGCCAUUCUACAGAAGACUUCUGGGAUCUUCACAGAACUGGAGAAGAAGGGACUGUUAAUAGCAUGCCUGUGCCAUGAUCUUGACCAUCGAGGGUACAGCAACACUUAUCUGCAGAAGUUUGACCACCCACUGGCUGCUUUGUACUCCACCUCCACCAUGGAGCAGCACCACUUCUCUCAGACUGUCUCCAUUCUGCAGCUGGAAGGGCACAAUAUUUUCUCCAACCUGACUUCCAGCGAGUAUGAGCAGGUGCUGGAGAUCAUCCGGAAGGCCAUCAUUGCCACAGACCUGGCCCUUUACUUCAAUAACCACCAGCAGCUGUCAGAGCUUCUGAACUCAGGUGUGCUGGACUUCAACAACCACUCGCACAGGGACCGUGUGAUUGGUCUGAUGAUGACAGCAUGUGACCUGUGCUCUGUAACCAAGCAAUGGCAGAUCACACGACUAACAGCCAACGACAUCUAUGCUGAGUUCUGGGCCGAGGGGGAUGAGAUGAAGAAGAUUGGGAUGCAGCCCAUCUCAAUGAUGGACAGAGACAAGAAAGCUGAGGUCCCUCAAGGCCAAGUGGGAUUCUACAACGCUGUAGCGAUUCCAUGUUAUACGACUCUAGCAGAGCUGUUCCCUCCGUCCAGUCCACUUCUAAAGGCGUGCAAGGAGAACCUGGGCCAGUGGGAGAAGAUAGCGCAGGGCGAGGUGGAGGACGUAGUUCCGAGCCGGCCUUCUGAUUCAGGUCCUGUCAAGGUGGACAACUGACUACCAAAGGGUUAACUGGCCACCAUUAGGAGUACAACCUGAAUCCUGCCACAGAUAUGGAGGUCCUGUUUUAGUUAGCAGCAGCUGGAUCAGCAAAAGGCGCCUUGACUUUAAAACAAACAAAAAAAACACAAGUUACCUCAAUGGGUGACGGAGGUGUCAACGCUGAUGGUUUCACCGAUUCCAGACACGGACUGACAGCUGACGGGAAGAGACUAAAGCUCAUCACCCUAGAUCCAUUGUGUUUGGGAGUUUAUUUGGUAGAAUGACUUGUGCCAUUUUACCAUUUAUUUGGCUUUGUUAUUUUUUUUUUUGUUUUUUUUAUUAUAAUUUGAGCUGAUUCUUUGUGGUCUUGCAUUUGAGAGGCCUUAGCCUGAACCUUUCACAGGUAGGUGAUUGCAACCUUGUGUGGGUUCAGAUCAUUUUGAAAUGGUACUGUUUGCCUUCUGUGGUAAAUAAGUCUUGACUAAUUCAGCAAGGUAUUCAGAGACAGAAGGAAUGUGUCGUGCAUGCAUGGUGUAAUAAUGCCACUGUAUGGAGAAGUGUGAAAAGGGGGACGUCAGAAUGUUUUUCUUUCUUUCAAGCAAAAAUCUUUUGCAGUACUUGAAUGAAGACACAGCCUGGUUGCAGAAUAUAUUUUACGACACACGGAUGGACUGUGACCACGAGAGGACUUGGAUGCUGUCACCAGAGCGUAGCGAUGUGUGUCCCUGAAGGUGACCCCCUCCAUCAGCAGCACUGCCCCCAGGCUACCACUCGCACUUGGAACCUGCUGCAUAGUACACCAGACAAGCAGUCAGUACAUGCUGUGUGUAAGACAGCUUGUAAAGUUUUUACAUUUCCAUGCAUACAAGAUAAAACGUGAUUGAUGAAAAUGAGGUGGACUCCAUGUCCUGAUGAGUUGCAUGUAAAUGGGGGAUUGUGCCACAAACAACAUAGUUGCUAGACGUUGUGCAGGUGUGUGACAGUUCCCCAUCCACACAUUCUCCUGCAAACUAUUUUCCAAGAUCUUCCUAAAGACAUGUUUGUUUUUUGCCUGAAAUGGUCAUUCCAGUGGGCGUAGUCCCUCUAGUUACGUAGUUUGCUAGGGUGGCGCCAACUGUGUGAAUGUACAUGUUGAUGAAUGUUCCGUUGAUCCCCUGAAUGUGGCAUGUGCAUUUAUGCGACACCAGUUUCCACACUAUGUUCUGUCUUACAGAAUUGCUUCCAGUAAGCUUCAACCAAGAGCAACAAUUAGCAUGCACUUAAACUGUUAAAAGUUUCUAUAUCAUUUGCAUAUAAAUUAAUAGGUGUGUACUGUGUACAAUCUAGGGUAGAUAUUUGCUCUAAUGGUGCUAAACUGAAUGGCAGUUUUUGAAUGUGUGUGUGUGUGCGUAGGUGUGCAUGUGUGUGUGUGUGUGUGUGUGUGUGUGUGUGUGUGUGUGACAGUCCCCCACUUUGGCCCCACAUUGUUAAGAUGUUAAGAACACGGUGAACACUGCACUGGCCCUACUUUUUCAGCACCAGUUAUAUUAUCUGCACUAUGUUUAGCAUAUGAUCUUUAUUAUUAUUAUUAUUCUUGGUGAUGAUUAUUACUGCUAUUAUUACUAUUGUUAUUUUCUUAGAGUUAAAUUUAAAUUAACUUAUAUUUUUUAUACAAAGAAAAAUAAUGUUGGCCUUUUUUGUUUGAGACAAACAAAAUGGUCCAUACAUGUUACUGUUACCCAGAAUAAGUGAGGAAUGUUUCAAAUGUAAAUGUAAGAGCAGUAGCCCAAAUGACUUUUAUUAAAUACAUUUAAAAACACUGUUGGAUAUUUUUUUGUGUGUUACAAGAAUGUCAUUCAAAGGUGGACACUUUAUUUGAAUGUUAACGGCCGCCCCAUUUCUCACUAUCAUUGAAAGAGAACAUUUCCUUUGGAGGUAGUGAGGAUCUUCUCCUGAUGAUCUUAUAUUAUCAUUAGUUUAUAUGAAUGGAUUAUUUAAAUAUCCAUAAUGUGCGCUAUCAGGCGCAAACUUCAGCCCAAAAGUACAAUUAUUUAGCGAGACAUGGAACACAACACAAUCACCCUUCACCUGGUUCCUUCACAACAUCAACCAAAAUUGGUUAAUGUUUUAACCACUGCAUUGGCCACCACCAGGGGGGGUCUCAAGUGGUGGAUCCAGAAUUCUCCAACCUUUUAUUGUGUCAGCUACUUUUGCAAAUUGAAAAUGAGCGUGCCUCACCGUGGCCUAGUGAGCAUGUUGGCCAUACACUCAGAUCAGGAAG